AUGUCAACGAAUGAUUUUAGGGAUGUGCUUGAUUCAUUGAGCAAGUUUGGCGGAUAUUUGAUCAAUUUUGAUUUUAAAAUAUGGUAUCGAUAUUGGAUUGUUGUUGCUGAAUAUGAGCGCGCAGUCAUUUUUCGACUUGGUCGGAUUUUACCUGGAGGUGCUAGAGGUCCCGGACUCUUUCUUACACUCCCUUGUAUGGAUAUGAUAAGAAAAGUUGAUCUUCGUACUGUAACCUUUGAUGUACCACCACAGGAGCAUCAGAAUCUGUAA